CAAUCGGCAGCUCUUUUCAGAAAGGACUUCCUGCGAGACUGCAGCCGGCUGGGACGGUAGCUUGAAAAGCGAAAAAGAGUGCCGGGCUGGGCUUGGUUUUGGCUUUUGCAAGAAAACAAGAACGGGCAGCCGAUUAGUAAGAAUUAUUAUUAAGUAGUCAUUCAAAAGGAUUGUGAUUUGAAAUAAUGGAUGAACAAUCACAGGGUCUGCCAGGUCCUCCUGUGUCUCAGUUUCAACCACAGAAAGCCUUACGACCUGACAUGGGCUAUAAUACUUUAGCCAAUUUUCGGAUAGAAAAGAAGAUUGGCCGUGGACAGUUUAGUGAAGUCUACAGAGCUACAUGCUUGUUGGAUGGUGUGCCAGUAGCUUUAAAAAAAGUGCAGAUAUUUGAUUUAAUGGAUGCAAAGGCACGUGCUGACUGUAUUAAGGAAAUUGAUCUUCUUAAGCAACUGAACCACCCCAAUGUAAUCAAAUAUUACGCAUCAUUUAUUGAAGACAAUGAACUAAACAUUGUGCUGGAAUUAGCAGAUGCUGGAGACCUUUCUAGGAUGAUCAAGCAUUUUAAGAAGCAGAAGAGGCUGAUCCCGGAAAGGACAGUUUGGAAAUAUUUUGUUCAGCUGUGCAGUGCCUUGGAACAUAUGCAUUCCCGGCGUGUCAUGCAUCGAGACAUCAAGCCAGCAAACGUAUUCAUUACUGCUACAGGAGUAGUAAAACUUGGAGAUCUUGGAUUGGGAAGAUUUUUCAGUUCUAAAACCACAGCUGCACAUUCUCUAGUGGGAACACCUUAUUAUAUGUCUCCAGAAAGAAUCCAUGAAAAUGGAUAUAACUUCAAAUCAGAUAUCUGGUCUCUAGGAUGUCUGUUAUAUGAGAUGGCUGCAUUGCAAAGCCCCUUCUAUGGUGACAAAAUGAACUUGUAUUCUUUAUGUAAAAAGAUAGAACAAUGUGAUUAUCCACCCCUUCCAUCAGACCACUACUCAGAAGAACUCCGACAACUAGUUAACAUCUGCAUCAACCCAGAUCCAGAGAAACGACCAGAUAUAACCUAUGUUUAUGACAUAGCAAAACGCAUGCACGCCCACACAGCUACCAGCUAAAAGAUUUGCCCCGUGGGAGGAACCAAAACAAGUUGUGAACAUUUAAGCACUGAGAUGCUUUCUCCGCAAUUUUUUUUAUUGUCUAUUGCUUUAAAUUUAUUUAUGUAUCAAGGUUAUAUUAACACCUUUGUUACAUAAUUUAUAAGUAAAGGCUACGUAUAUUUUUAAAUUUUAAAGUAUGAGAUAGUUUUAAACAUAGGUAAAUUGUUGUUACAACUUAAGAGUAAUUGCACUUCAUUUAUAUACUAUACAAUUAUUGAAUAAAGGAGAAACAUUUUUAUAUAGUUUUAACUUUUAUCUAACAUGUCUGAGUUGCAGGUUUUCUUAGGAAGAUAACUGUUUAUUUCCUACAAGCAAAAUGGACAUGAAUAUGAUGAAAGCAUAAUUACUGAAUUUAUUAUUCAUUAGUAAAUUUAUUGCUGGUUUUCUUUCUACCCCUCUCCCAGGAAUUUAAAAAAAUAUUAUAAAAAAAACCAAUGUAUAGUUUUGCUUGUUAAAAAAUAUGUAUUUAUUCGACAUUGAGCUUUAAGGCAGUUUUUGAAUGUGAAAAUGUGACUUUUUCAACUGGUUUUUUUUUUUUGGCAUAUUGUCCCACACUGGUGAAACAACGGAGAAGAAAUCUGGUCAAAUUGUUUGUUAUCUAGUCUUGUACUGUAUUAUAACCCCAAUCCCUAAUUUUGAUUUCAAGAACGGAGAGAAUUUUUACAAUGUCUAGGAAUUAGAAUCAGUCAUCAGGUUCGAAGGGAUGUUGAGGAUCACCUGGUCCAGUUCCCUGCUUCAUUUGUACCGCAGGUUGUCUCUGCUAUCUCCCUAACAGAUGGCUUAAAUCAGAGGUAUCAAAACUGGCGGCCUGCAGCUCGGAUUUGUCAUGUGCAGGCCACACUCACCCUGGCUCCACAAAGGCAAAAAACCUUGUGAUGCAUCGUGAUACAUCACAUGACACGAUCGAGUUUGACACCCAUGGCUUAAAUAGAAAGGAACAUUUAACGACUUCCAAGCCAGCUUGUUCCACUGCCUUAAGGUUCAAGCUUGUAGCUGUAGUGUCAUCAUUCUCCAAAUCUGUGGCUACUAAGGGUAAGCUCCAGUUAUAAAUUAGUUUUUCAGUAUUACAUUGCUAAACACAAAAAAAUUAGAGGACUAGUAGAGUACUUAACUUUGGGCUGGAUAGUUAUGCAUGUUAAUUGCAUUGGCAUAGAUGACUCCAAGAACCUAAGAGAUUGGAUUUAAAGGAAAUUUGCUUUGGAGAACUUUGAAGAAGGAUGAACCAAGGCCACUUCCCGAGUUGUGCAAUGUAGUUUCUUCAUAACAACAUCCAGACACUGCUGAAAUAAUAUAAAGCUGUCCUCAUUACUACCACUUUGGCACUCUGAUGCUUAGAUGACUAUAGAAAAUAUUACAGACGUUACAGAAGUAGUUAUGUGUGGGAAAAUCAUCCCAAGGUAUUUGAAAUAUGAGGGACACUUAAAAUAAAUGACUGUCAUUUGGAAGAUCCUUCAAAUUGUUUACAUAGAAUAAUGUCUCCAUAUGCUGUGAUUCAUAAUGCUGAAUGGAGGCCAUUGUAUAUGUUUGUUUAUGUAAUUAGAAGUUAAAUUAUGACUGUGGUUAAGAUUCAUGGCAAUAGGUAAUCCACUGCUGGGCAGGGUUUGAUAUGAAUUAUCAAUUACAGUGAAGGUAUCUGCUUUGAAAAUCCUUUAUUAAUUUAAAAGACAAUAAUAAUUGGCUGGAAACUAAAAAAAAAAAAAGUUUUGAAUUGGUGAAGCUUUUGUUAGCCUUUAGAAUGACCUGAAAUGAAAUAGAUCAAUAAAGUAAUAACUAGCAUUCUAUCAUGAAAGGGAAGAAUAUUAAUUUAUAACUUCAAGAAAUUAUGUAGAUAAAGGUCUGAUUGUUUAACAUGCUGAAGUUCAUAAACAAGGCUUCCCUAAGAUCGUGUCCCCCAGACAUUACACCGCAGUUCUCAAAAUCUGCACCUAUCACACUGCAGACAUUUUGAAAUUAAAGGAACAUAUAAAGUUGAAAUCUAUAAUAUCAUAAGAAAGAGGUAAUCAAAAAAGAUAAAUCAAGAAAGAGGUAAUCACUCUUUCUUUGUAAAUAUUAAUAUUAACAGAUUAGUACCGAUUCAUCAUAUAUUUCAGUCACAUAUAUGACUAUAAAACUAUGUGUCAUUUCAUGAUUACAACCAGCCCUGGUCUGCCCCCUUUGCAAUGAUCUAAGAAAAAAAAUUAGAUUCAUGCCCAAUUGUCUCUUAAAGGUGUAGCAGCACUGUCCAUUUCUCUACUCUUGCUGUUCUAUUCUAGCUAGAUAACUGAUUUUUUUAAUCAGGAUUUUUUUUUAUAAAAGAUCAGUGGGAAUAAUGAGGUCUGAUGGCCACUAAUUGGACAGGUAUGAAACACAUGCUUUUUGUUGCAUCAGCUUAUGUUAAUGUGAUUUUAAAUUCUAUGUCCAGUAAUGUUUGGAGUAUAGUUAAAACUUUAGUACAACAUCUAGUCAUAGAAGCCAUGAGGGAGAAACUUGAAAUUUUGCCUUUUCCCUUAGUGCAUGUUUGACUUUGCAGGAAAAUUCAAAGAAAAUGAAAAAUGCUAAUGUCAGUAAGAUUCUUUCCUCCUUUUUUUUUUUUUUUUUUUUUUUUGCUAGGGAUAAAACUAACAUAACAUUUGUUAAAACAUUGACUAAAAUAAUAUCCCAGUCCCUUGUUCCCACCACAACAUUCAUGCUUUCCUAUGCAAAAAUAUUUCAGAAUUCUGUAUUUUUUUCCCCAUUGAAGAGAAGAAGCUGUAGCAUUUAAAAUAGCAUAAUCUUUAUGUGGCCUUCUGGCAUGCAUAUUUGAAAAAAAGGUUUACUGAAUUCACUCCAAGUAUGUAUCACUAAUUGUGUGUGGGUGUGUAUGUGUACACACACGUGCAUGACUACCUUACACAAAACACUUUGGACAGUUGUUUCUAACAAAUGUUGGGAAUAAUCAUGACAUUAAUUCCAAUGUAAACCAAAGACAUAUUUGUAAAACUAUCUGAUAUUGAUAAAAAUAUGUGGACCGAGUAUGUAAAUUAAUUACAUGUAUGAAAAAGGUACAGGUUCCAUAUACUGUAUCUGCUGUUAGCAUCAGAUAUAGUGGAUUUUAAGCCUUGUUAAAAAGUGCAAGCUUGCUCCAAUCCCACUACAUACCAGCAAAACCAAGAUCAAGAUAAUCCUUAAAUUAUCUUUAAAUCAUGAUCAAAAUAAUUUUUCUCCUCUCUAGUACCAUCCCUUUCACAAGAAUCAAGACACUGUGCAUUGACACAGAAAUACCAUUAAUGCAUUGCAGUAAAUAGUGAUGUUCCAUCCAGAACAUUGAUAUACCGAGAAGAGUUAUCUCCAAACGUGGGACUACAGUAAGGACAUGCUUAUUGUCCACAGUAAGCAUGCUUAGUGGCCAUAUUAGGGAAUCUGGGGAGGCAAAUCUCUGUAGACUAGAUAUUCAAGUCCAGCAGUGUAGCAACUUCCAAAGCCAUCUUUGGAUCAUAAUACUUUGCUAAGGGAAGGACCCAUCAAACAAUGCUAGAGCAAUGCUGCAGCCAUUAAAUUGUAGUCUCUUGAACUAUUAAUGAUGCUUUGGAAUAUAAAAUAGAUUUCUUAAUAUUUUGAUUUGACUAGCAGAGGUAUGUGUUGGCAACCACCUGUUUGAUCUCACCGAAAUAAUGGAAAGUUGCAUAAGAGGCCAAAAAGAACUCAAGUUCCUGACAGCAUAAGGUAAGAGAAUGGCAACUGGGCCAUUUCUGCCUCUGAACCUUCAUUCUUGGCAGAUCAAGUUCUAGUUCAAGACCAACAGGGCUCUCUAGCAAGAUCUAGAAGAAUAACAUACUCAAGUUUUCUUCAUCAUUGCAUUACUACAUCUGGGUUGCAUAUAUCUGGAAAUUACCAGAAGGCAGCAAAGAGCAUUUUUCUGUAUUGUCUAGUAAUGUUGAUUUUUACAGCAGAAAUCGGGUAGCCGAACUCUGUCCACGCUAAACUGUUUUAGAUACUUAGCAAUUGCUAAGUAACAAAUGCCUUAAUUUUUCUUCUGCACUAUAAGAAAAUACAUAUAUUUUUAGAUUCCAUAUAUGGGUACUGUUAAUACAUUUGCUGUGUUUAUUUUAACCAAGCUGUUUGCUUCUUUGAAAUAAAUGUAUUCUGUAUACUAAACAAAACCGAACAUAAUAUGCAUAGUUUUAUAUUCAGUAAUAUUGUAAUAUUUCUGGCUUUAUGAAUAUUUGUGUUGUGUUUGAUUUCUAAAUAUACUCUUGCACAAUGAUUACUCAGUGUUCAGAAUUUUAUGUUGUACAAUAUCUUAAUAUAAAGAACAUAGAUAAAAUAUAUGGUAAAAUAAACCCACCUAAAUUUA